GCCAUGCUUACCAAUUGGACACCCCUCUGAGAGACUCACCACAACUGCGGACUGAUUUUUGAGCCCGGAAACUACAUACGUGACUCUCCACCGAAUACUCUUCGCCGUCUCUGGGAAGAAAAGAGCAAGGGAAUUGUAGACGCAUACCCAUACUCCGCCCAACCCGCGCGUUAGACAUCUCUCGCUGCCCCCUCCUCCCGCCCACGCGAAGCAAACAUGUUCACCGGCCUUGUCGAAACGGUCGGCACCGUCACCUCGCUGGUGGCGCUGGACCCGUCGACGUCGGGCGGCAACGGCACCUCGCUGACGAUCUCGGACUGCGCGACGAUCCUGACGGACGCGGCGCUGGGCGACUCGAUCUGCGUCAACGGCACGUGCCUGACGGUGACGGAACUGGAGCCGGCGGCGGCGCCGUACGCGGCGUUCAAGGUCGGGGUGGCGCCGGAGACGCUGCGGCGCACGAACCUGGGCUCGCUGCGCGAAGGCGGCAAGGUCAACCUGGAGCGGGCGGUGAGCGCGGCGACGCGCAUGGGCGGCCACUUUGUGCAGGGCCACGUGGACACGGUGGCGACGAUCGCGAGCGUGACGCCCGACGGCAACGCGCUGACCUUCCGCCUGGCCCCGCGCGAGCGCGCCGUGCUGCGCUACAUCGUGGAGAAGGGCUACAUCACCCUCGACGGCGCCAGUCUGACCGUCACCAACGUCGACGAUCGCCACGGCUGGUUCGAGGUCAUGCUGAUCGCGUACACGCAGGAGCGCGUCGUCAUGGCCGCCAAGGGGCCCGGCGAGGAGGUCAACGUCGAGAUCGACAUUGUCGGCAAGCUCGUCGAGAAGAGCGUCGUCGGGUACCUCGAGGGCGUGGCCGGCCGGGAACAAGGCGGCGUCCCGGCCAUGCUGGAGAAGAUUGUGGGCCGGCUGGUCGACGAGAAGCUGCAGACGGUGCAACAACGGUAGGAGUCUGGCAGUUGCCUUGUGGGUUCGAUCGUUGAUACCUCGGUCGAUGUUGCGAGCGCCGGGGCCGGGAAGGCUUGUCGGAGAUCAUACCUCCGCAGCAGCAUCCUAGAGACAAACACUGAGCAACGAUCUUGUCCAAGAGCGUAAGAACAAGCUCUGAUCUCGUCCAAGAAACGUGAAGUUCCCUUCUCAUCGACCACCAGCCUAGAGCCGUCCUCACGGGUUUAUGUUCAUGUACCAUCGACGGCAGACGAAUCCAUCAAUCAAGGACAAGUCUCGUGUAUCCAAGAUACGGUCCUUGCAAGGGGGGCACAUGCGAGACUCUUGACGAAUCCACUUUUGCCAAAAAUAAAAAGAUAGGAUUUCCAUCAUCACCGUCCUAAUCAUGAUCCAUCCAGCAGCAAAAGGAGCAAGAGGCUUGCUGUCGAUUCAAUCAAUACCACACUCUCAUCACAACCACGACCACGACCACGACCCGGAUCCCGUUCACGCCGGUCCACUUACUGUAUAUCCCCACUCACACAAUCCUCCAGCAAGGGACAGCACAAGCGACAAGAAGGGGGAAAAGGGCAGGCAGGAGCAGGAGCAGGAGCAGGACCUUGAGCUUAGAGCCGGCGCUUGAUCCGUGAUCUGUAACGAGAUGAACUGAAGAUGCCCUUGUGUCUCUUUUUCCGUGUUACAACCUACCCCCGGUCCAUAGAGUCUACUCGUAAGAGCACUUCUCGGAGAGGUACAAAGGAGUGAUCGUCAAGUCGAUGCGGUCUAGGUCACGUCAAGCGAGAGCAAAUCAGAGCAUGCCAGAGGACGUCAGAGCAGGUAAAAAUUGAAUAGAUUUCAGAUUUUGGAAAAGCCUUUUGGUUUGGGGGCUUUCCUUUUUUGAAAGGCGUUCGCCCCAGAAAAUGCGUAUGUUCGCC